AUGAAUAUAUAUAUUUUGGGUUUUUAUUUUAAAGAAACUCUAGAAGAUGAUGAUGAUGAAAUAUUGUUAAAUUUAGCGGAAAAUAUAGGAAAUUUAUUUGAUUAAAUAGGCGGUUCUUAGCAUACUGAAUUAUUAUUUAAAAUUUUAUAAAAUUUAUGUAAAUCUGACGAAUUAUUUGUUAGAGAUAAAGCAAUUAACUCAAUAAAAAAUAUAAUUAAUUAAAUGGAUAUAAAAAAAUAUGAAGAAAUAAUAGUUAAAUUUAUAAAAUAAAUGUGUGAAUGUGAAAAUUAUUUUUCUAUAGAAUGUUGUCCUGUUCUAAUAAUAUUUAUUUACCCAUUGAUUUCUUUAUAAAAUUAAUAAGAAUUAAAUACAUAUUAUUUGAAUUUUUCAUAAAAUUAAAUAUCUUAAAUAAGAAAAAGUGCAUCAUUAUAUAUUAAGGAUUUUUCUAAAAUAUUAUUACCUAAAAAUGAAGAUUUAUUAGUUUAAAUUAUUAAUAAUUUAAUUAACGAUGAGUAAGAUUUUAAAAAUAAUAAUUAAAUUAUAUUCUUUAUGAGAUAAUUAGCCGAAGAUAAAUCAUGGAGAUUAAAAUAUUAUUUUAAUGAAAAAUUAAAUGAAAUAUGUUAAGUUAUUUAAAAAUAAGAUUUUAAAAAAUAUUUUUUACCUAUUUAUAUUGGAUAUUUGGAAGAUUCUGAGUCUGAAUUAAAAUAAAUUGCAGCUUAAAAAAUUGAUAUUGUAGGAAGUUGUUUAGAUAAUGAUGAAAUUAUAAACAAAUUGAUACCAAUAGUAAAAAAAUUAGCAAUAGAUAAUUAAAAUUAUAUAAGAAAUGCUAUUUGUGCAAGCUUUUUAGGAUUAGGUUAAUACAUAGGAAAAAAUAAUAUAAAUGAAUAUUUAUUGCCUAUUUUUUUAUAAUUAUUAAAAGAUGAAGAUAGUGAAAUACGUGUUACUUUAUUUAAAUAAUUGCAUUUAAUUAGUAAUUUUUUGGGAAUAGAAAAUUUAUCUUAAUCAAUUUUGCCAGCUCUAAAUUAACUUGCUUAAGAUAAAAAUUGGAGAAUAAGAAAUUAAUCAAUUGAAAUUAUUUAAUUUUUAGCAAAAGAAAUAGGAUAAGAAUUUUUAAAUGAAAAAAUACUAAAAUUAAUAUUAGAUUUAUUAUAAGAUAAAGUUUUUGUUGUAAGGGAUUAAGCUGUUUAAUCUAUAAAAUUUUUUACAUAAAAUCUUGGACUUGCAUGGACUGAUAAAAAUUUAAUUUAAAAAGUGUUUAAUUUUUAUUAAUAAAAUAUUUUGUAACAUAGAGAAACUAUUUUAUUUAUUAUUAUAAAUAUUUCUAAAAAUAUUAAUUAAGAAUAUGUUUAGAAAUAAAUCAUACCUAUAAUUAUUUAAUUAAGUAAAGAUUAAGUACCUAAUAUAAGAAUAAAUGUUGGAAAAGCUAUAAAAUAAAUUAUUCCUUAUAUAAAGGAGAAAGUAUAUAGUAAAUUAUUAAUAUUAAAAUAUAAUUUUAAAAAAGGAAUAAAUAAAAAAAAUAUUAAAUAAUUUGUAUGA